UCCCUUUCCCACCCUCUUCCCCUCCCUCUCUUCUCUCUUACCUCCUCCUUUCUCCCUCCUAACUGCUCUCCCUUUUACUCCCUCCCCGCGAAGGCCGCGGAGAGCACCGAGAUACCCAGUCCUCCUGAAUUCCUAGAGCGUUCCCGGAAGUAGCCUGGAGGAGGGCCCGGCUGCAGCAACUCCGCUAGGGAGGAGGGGCGGGGUCGAGAGGGUGUGGGGUCCACUUCCGGCCGGGGGCGCGGCUCAGGCUUGGGGCCUGAGAAUACGGGGUCUGUGUUUGUGGGCCCGCGGGGUGCCCCGUCCCUACCCCCCAGCACGUCCGGUUCCGCGUGUCGGAGCCCCACCCUCGGGCCUGCGCGUCCCGGGGCUUCUGUGCUCCGGCCUGUGUCCCAGGGGUCCCCCGGGGCCGGGACCGGGACCGGGGCUGCCCGAGGAGCCUACACGGAGCCUCGCUAGUGAGCGGCCGGCGUGCAUAACGUUCUGUGCUUGUAAAACAGCAUUGUGGAUACUGGAGAAAGCCACCCACAACUUAGACAGUAAAACCUUGAUUAACCGGAACUCAGCUAACCGGUAUUUUUGUGAGGGUGGAAGGAAGCUGCAGGCGGAAGGCAGGGAGAGCUGCCCCCCACCACCAAGAAGCCUUGAAGUUCAAAGCAAAGUUCUGUGAUUGGUUCCUUCAUCGCCUGAGAAGAUCUGCCUCCCCAAAUCAGAGAAGCUCUGAAUGUGGUCUGGAACUGAACAAGUUGCUAAAAAAGUGGAUUUCUGUGAGCACCAGAGUGCAGAAGACGGGGAAGGCUGAGGCAAACGGGUGGGGGGCAGUGGGAGGAGAAGGAAGGAAGACGUGGCGGGGAAUGAGAAUGAGGAGAGGGCAAGAAGGGAAGACCAAAUAUUGAUGAAGUAGCAAGGUGGCCAGGAACCUUGGGGAGAAAACAGAUGUGGGUAAGAGCUGUGAGAGGAAAAUUAAAAGAAAACCUCAAGCAAAUUGAAAGGGAAAGGGGGAUAGUGAGGUGAAAGCAGAAAAGCCAGUAGUGCUCUGAACAAGCAUAGCAUACAUCUCUAUUCCUCCCUAAGUCACAGUGCACAUAAGCCAUCUAAUCCCAUGGCUUCCAAACAGCCCAUAGUGAAGAACAAAGGAGAGAAGCGUAAGAGAGUUGUGCUGACCUUAAAGGAGAAAAUUGAUAUCUGUACUCGUCUUGAGAAAGGUGAGAACAGGAAAGCUUUGAUGCAAGAGUACAAUGUUGGCAUGUCUACCUUAUAUGACAUCAAGGCCCACAAGGGACAGCUGCUUCGGUUUUUUGCUAAUUCGGAUUCCAAUAAAGCCCUCGAACACCGUCGCACUUUGCACACCCCUAAGCUAGAGCAUCUCGAUCGGGUUUUGUAUGAGUGGUUCUUGGUGAAGCGGUCAGAGGGAGUCCCUGUUUCUGGCCCAAUGCUCAUUGAGAAGGCUAAAGACUUUUAUGAGCAGAUGCAGUUGACUGAGCCAUGUGUUUUUUCUGGAGGAUGGCUUUGGAGAUUUAAGGCCCGGCAUGGCAUCAAAAAGCUAGAUGUUUCCAACGAAAGACAGUCAGCAGACCACCAGGCUGCAGAGCAGUUUUGUGGGUUUUUUCGAAGUUUAAUUGCAGAGCAUGGUUUGUCCCCUGAGCAGUUUUACAAUGCUGAUGAAACUGGUCUGUUCUGGCGUUGCCUGCCAAAUUCAACUCCCGAAGGGGCCAGUGCCUCAGGUUUGAAACAGACUAAGGACAGAUUGACGGUCCUCAUGUGUGCUAAUGCUGCAGGCUCCCACAAAAUCAAACCUUUGGUGAUUGGAAAGUGUAACGGCCCCAGGACUUUUAAAGGAAUUCAGCAUUUACCUGUUGCUUACAAGGCACAGGGUAAUGCAUGGAUGGACAAAGAAAUUUUUUCUGAUUGGUUUCAUCAUAUUUUUGUACCUUCAGUCAAAGAUCAUUUUAGAAAUAUAGGCUUACCUGAUGACAGUAAAGCCAUUCUUCUUCUAGACAAUUCUCGAGCCCACCCUCAGGAAGCAGAGCUAGUUUCUGAUAACAUUUUUACCAUCUUCCUUCCUGCUAGUGUUACCUCAUUGAUUCAGCCUAUGGACCAGGGCAUUAGAAGAGAUUUUAUGAGAAAUUUCAUCAAUCCUCCAGUCACUGUACAAGACCUUCAAACUCGUUACAAUAUAAGUGAUGCCAUUUUUAAUGUUGCUUGUGCCUGGAAUUCUGUUUCUAGUGAAAUAUUAAGACGGGCAUGGAGAAAAUUAUGGCCUAGUGUUAUGUUUGCAGAAGUAUCUUCUGAUGAAGAAGAAUUUGACCGAUUUAGAGUAAGACCCCCAAAUAAUACUCUGGUGCAGAUUCUUGAAAUGGUGAAGGAUGCUCCUUCACCCCCAGUCAACAGACUGAAUAAAAGUGAGGGAGUUGAGUGGGCUGAUGCUGACCAAGAAGGUGAAGUGUCACAAGGUGUUAGUGACACAGAAAUAGUAGAAACUGUUUGGAAUCCUGACAAUGGAACUGAUUCUGAAAAAGACAGUGAUGGAGAAGAUUAUAGGGAAGGGGAGAAAACAUCUUGGGAAAAAGCUGCUUCAUCCUUUGAUUCAAUUAUUAGUUUUGCAGAAAAACAGCCAUGUUUUACAAACCAGGAGAUUAUGCAGUUGCAUAUGCUGCAUGCAAUUUUUAUGCGACAAAGGCAGAUGGCAAACAAACAAACUGAGAUCAGAGAUAUAGUCAAGAUAGAAAAUCCCAGGGGAUAUCCUGGAGUUUGCACUGAUUCAGCCCAAUCUCCUAUACCAUCUACAUCUACAGCAUUGUAUAGUGAUAACUGAUAGGCAUUUUGGUUUCCCUGAGACCCUGUGAAAUCUUAGCUCAUCAGAGUAGGAUUUACUUGUAUCCAGCAGGCUGUAUUUUUACUGAAGCAAAAAAGUGGAUUGAGACUUUUUUAGAGAGAUUUUCCGUAGGGGUUGGUUAAUCUGGAAAUCCAUUUAAUUAGAACAAUUCAAACUCCAUGUGCAUUCCGGUUAAUCGAGGUUUUACUCUGUCACCCUUUAUGUAGUUUGAGGAAUCCCUAAAGGAAGAUUUUCCUUUGUAGCACAGAAUUGAGUAUAGUGCAAAACCUAUAUUUUAACUUUCAGAAAGCACUCCCCAUGCAGAAUCUUUCUAGUAGUAACAGGAUCCAGAGACUUGGAGCUUAGUGUAGAGGAGGGGAAGUGUAAGUUAUUCAGAUUACCACAAAUCAGUGUCUACAGACCUUUUUCUUGUGGGGAUUUAAAUGAGUCUUAGGGGCUUGUUGCUUCUCUGGGUUUUUAACUGGAGAAGGGUUUGGAAUGUCUGAUUUUGACAGGUUUAUUAGGUAGCAUAAAUCCUUCAGAUGAAUUUAAGUGAGAUUUUGAAUGAGUCUCUGGAGGGCUUGGGGCUAUCACAUUCCCACUGGAAAAAAAUGAUAGUCUUUCAGUUUUUGAGAUAAUAUUUCUAAGAACUCAGAACUAAUAAUAUUCCCAAUUUAGUAUAAUCACAUUCUAGUAGUAAGAAGGAAAUUGUUAUGUGACCUGGGAAAGUCAGUCUCCAUCCUCACUCCAAAUACCUAUUAUUCCUCUCAUUAAAAUUGGGAAUUAGAUUAGAUGACUUCUAAAGCCCUUUUUCUAGCCUUCCACAAUUCUAUGGAAAUACAUUUUUGGCAAUUUAUAUCUGAAACAAGGCACUGGCAGCAAGGUAUAUAGCCACUCUAAAUGUUAAAAUGAUUCCUUCUCAAGGAUAUCAGAAAUGCCAUCCUAAAUCAGACUGCUCCUCUGUUCAGCCCCAUGUGGGGACCACAGUGGGCAUUUUGAUGAUAUUUGCCUUCUUUUGAGUAACUUGGGUCAAGUUACUUUUUUGGAGUAUUUCCUUGCCAUUAAAAGAAGGGGGUUGGAUGAGGCAGUCUUGAAGUGCCCUUCUGUCUUUAACUUUCUGUAAUUAAUAUAUUAAUUUGGGUAUGUAUGUAGAUUAUGUACUCCAGAGUCUUCUAUAUUACAUUCCCAGAAAUUUCAGUUGAUCCCAUAUCUGUAUUUUUAAAAUGUCCUUAAAUCAAGACCAAGACUUAACAAGUUUCUUCAGUAUCUGUUCUAUGUAAAUUGCUGAAUUUCUAUGCCAAGAGAUAUACAGUGGUUAUUUGAACUUGACUUUGUAGCCUUGAACAUUCUUAUCUCAUUGUUAAAAAGUCUGGCUGCUUUUUUCCCUUUUUAUUUAGGCCAAUUUUGUCAAAAGAGUUAAUGUUUUUUUCCCCCCAUUUAUACCAUGGUAAUCUUUGAUUUAUAGUUAAACACUUAAAUGCAUAUCAUAAACCAUAUGUAUCCCUACUUAAGACUCCCCACCUACCUAUCAUUGUUUCUUAGAAACAUGUUGAUUGCUUGUAUUUUUCCAUUCUUUUUUCAAUCUUGGGGCUCUAACUUCCAUUUAACUUUGGAUUAAUGUUGCAGCAAUGGAAUCAGCACAUACUUUUCAUUCCAGGAUUUCCUAUCCCUUUCACUAAGAGGCAUUUAAGACCUGGUGGAUAGAAUUUUGUCCACAGCUUGUUAAAUAACUAUUUUUUCAUGUUUCUUGUUUUAAAUGAAAUAACUCCACAAAAUAUAAAUGCAUUGUGUAUUUCUUGCUUUAUAUGCAUGUGUAUAGAUUAUGCAAUAUUUCAAAUAGCUUUUAAAAAUCAUUAUUGCUACAUAAAGUCAAAUUGACUUUGUAUCCUCAUUACUCUUACGUCACUUGCUGUUGAGUCCCAUUGUGUCUUUGAGAUGAUGUUUGUAUAUCCGUGUAUUUUUGUGCCGUUUCUGUGAUCUUUUCAUUGUUGAUCCUUCUACAAAAGACUGUUAGAUUCACCUCUGCUUAGGGGAAUGACAUGCAAGAUGCUGGAGUGACUUAAAGACACUGCUCUCCUCUUUCCUUUUUGUUGCUCGUAACUGAAUAAAGGGCAGCUCAUUCAAAAGAUCAUUUUCUGAAGCGAUUACCCUCUGUUCAAACAUCAAAGUCUUUAAAAAGGGAAAAAAGUGAGCUUUAUAAUUGUUUGUGAAAAUUUUGGUAAGCAGAAGGACAUAGGAUGAGUGCUGCCUUAAUUAGAUACCGAAUUCCUAACUCCAACUGGAGGUGUUCAAACUUGUAGUAAAGUGCUUUGCUAUAUUUAUUGAGCUUAAGGAAUGCAAGGCCCACUGUGGUCAGGGAUAUUGUAGGGGAGAUUUCAUUUAUAGAUGCCCCUUCUGACUCAGACUAUAUGAUUCUGUGAGUUCUUGUUUUGGUCUUAUAUUGUUUCCUGUAUGUGUCCUGUCUCCAGCUAGAUUGUAAGCUCUUGGUGAGCAGGAAUUAUGUCUUAAUUUCCUGUCACAGUUUUCAAAGACUGAGAAUAUAGUCAAUGAUCAAUAAAUACUAGAUGGAUUAAAGGGAUGUAUCUUCGAGAUACUCUCA